AGCAGUCUCAAAGCGUACGCCGUUAGCGAUAGACACAGCGGGCCUCCCCAACGAAAUUAACGCAGUGUGUGUGUGUGUGUGUCGAACACGUCGGGAGUUGGCGUCGUGCGUUGGCGCUUCUAAUUCUAUUCUACUCUACUAAAUGCAAAUCGAAUGCAGUUAACGUUAAACGAUAUAACGAUACAAUUGUGCACCAUAAAAUAAAGUUUUAAGAUCAAAGCGGCCACUAGGUCAGAAAACGAAGCUACUACAAAUACAAACAAAAGUGUAGAAAGAGUGCUAGCAAAGUUGCGGCUGCCGCGUGUUGCAUAUUUCUCUUUAUCGUCGUCGCUUUUUCGUUUGCCGUCGUCGUGUGUGUGCGUGAAACUUCCGUUCCGGUCGCAUUUAACACGUGAAAUCCAUUGCCGCAAAUUGAGCUAACAACAGCCGCAACGCAACGCAAAGCGAGGCGAGAGGAGGCGAGGCGACGCGACGUGGAGGCGUCUCCAACUCCACAACGACGACAAGAUGGAACAUGUGUAAAUGCUAACGAGCGAGAGACGCAAGCGAAAUUUGAUUGAUUUUGAUUGACAUGGCACUCAGCGAGCGCCACCCAGAAGGCAGUCAAGUGAAGUAGCACCGGAAAAAUUCCGCGGAAAACCGAAAACAGAAAUAAAUAUCAACAUUUUUUUGUAAGCAAUCGCAAAGUACUCAAAAUACUAGCAAUUAACAAUCGAAAGGAAAAUCUUUUCUACAAUAUAUCAGAAACAAAUGAGAAACGAAAGCAAUAUCAAGAAAUAUAUGCUCGUAAAAUUGCAAUAAUAAAACAUAAAAGGAAAGCAAAAAACGUUGAGCUAAGCAACUUUUCUUGAAUUUCAUUCUUAUUUUCCUCAUUGCUGCUGAAGCUCAGUUUUUCAUUGCCAAACAUCAUCCAGAGUUCAGAGUCUGUUUUCCUCUUCUUCUUCGUGUGUGCGUCUUUCUGUCUGUGUAUUUGUGCGCGUGUGUUAGUGUCUGUGUGUGUGUGUGCGUUGGUGCCAUAUAAAAAAGGAUAAAAUAUAUUCCACACGCAUUGAUUUUUUUCCAUGCUCAAAUGUGGCAUCAACAAAGUGGAUCAACAACAACCACAGCAACAACAAAAGAACGCGAAAACCACAUCGAAUAAAAGUUGAACGCAUCGCAGAAACUUUUUUGCACAUUUGGACAUUGGAAUCUCUCCUCUUGCCAUCUCUGUCGCUCCUCUGGAAAAAACAGCAGCCGCAUCGCAUUGAGAGAGACGACGACUGUUGAUUAAACCGAUAAAGACAGCCAACAAAAAAUCUUCCAGAGCCUUUACUCCAACUAUAAUACGAAGCAAUAAGCAUAAAAAAUCUGUACACGUGUCGUAUACGCAAUGUUAAAGAUGCGACUGAGCAAAUACUACGAAGGAGCAGCGAAAAUAAAAUCAGAAGCAGAAGGAAGAAGCAGCGACAACAACAAAUGAAUUGCGUUAUAAUUUCAUUAAGGACAAAAGCCUUUACUAAGAAUGACAAGAACGUGGAACUAAGAAGCAAACAAGAAGGAAAAACGAAGCAGAGAGAAAAAAGUGAAGUAAAGUAAAGUAAAGCCGCAGCGCAGCCCAAAGCAGCCAGCGACAAUAACAAAAGCAUUGCCUACGUUGCUGCCAAGCAAAAAUCAAGCGACUGACAUUUUUAUGAAAUUAAUACAAAAGCCAAAGGCAAGGAGAAGAGCAACAAGACAAGUACAAGGGGAGAGAGAAGAGCAAUGACAGCGUCGACGUGGACACAAUGAUGAGCACUUGCUCUCACUCUUGCUCACUGACAAUAAUGAUGGCCCAGCUGAAGCGGGCAUGGCAGGGCUUUUAUUGCCUGACACUUGAGUAGACGACAGGAGAAAAGGAAAGGGGGAAGCAACAACAUCAUAAUACAGUGACUACUUCGUCUACUCGCGCAUAGAUGUCGCUAAUGCUAUUUGCGUGACGCGGAAGAAGCAGCUGCUAAGACACGCUAAAGACGUCACCUUCACUCACUAAUUUGACAUGCAAACGUGACCAAGUGUCCAACAAAUCUUUUUAACAAAAUACAAAAAAAAAAAAAACAAAAUAUAAAGUAAAGAGGUAAAAAUGCCACGCCCAUUGGAAUUAAUCGUAGCAACUGCUUUGCUGUUGCUGCAGCUGCAACAACUGUUCGCCUGUCCGCCCGAGGUGUGUGUCUGCAAGUGGAAGGGCGGCAAGCAGACGGUCGAAUGCGGUGGCCAACAGUUGGCCGCGCUGCCCGAGGGCAUGGAUCCGGGCACCCAAGUGCUCAACUUUAGCGGCAACGGGUUGCAGGUGCUGCAGAGCGAACGCUUUCUGCGCAUGGAUCUGCUCAAUUUGCAGAAAAUCUACUUGUCGCGCAAUCAACUGAUGCGCAUACACGAAAAGGCCUUUCGCGGUCUCACCAAUCUCGUGGAGCUCGAUCUCAGCGAGAAUUCACUGAGCCUGGUGCCGAGCGAAACGUUUCAGGACUACAGUUCGCUGAUGCGUCUCUCGCUUAGCGGCAAUCCGAUAAGGGAGCUGAAAACGUCCGCCUUUCGGCAUCUCUCAUUUCUAACCACACUCGAGCUGUCCAACUGCCAGGUGGAACGCAUCGAGAACGAGGCUUUCGUGGGCAUGGAUAACCUCGAGUGGCUGCGACUCGAUGGCAAUCGCAUUGCCUUCAUCCAGGGAGCACACAUACUCCCGAAGUCGCUGCACGGCAUCAGUUUGCACAGCAAUCGUUGGAAUUGCGAUUGCCGGCUUCUCGAUGUCUACAGCUGGCUGGUGAGUCACAACAUUCCGCUGGCCGAGGAGCCCAAGUGCAUGGAGCCCGCACGGCUCAAGGGCCAGGCGAUCAAGGGACUGCAGCGCACACAGUUCGCCUGUCUGCCCGAGGUGAGUCCACAGUCCAGCUACACAGAGGUGAGCGAGGGUCGCAACAUGUCCAUCACGUGUCUGGUGCGUGCGAUCCCGGAACCGAAGGUGCUGUGGCUCUUCAAUGGACAGGUGAUGACCAACGACAGUUUGCUCGACAAUCUGCACAUGUACUAUUACAUCGAUGAGAGCGGCGGCAGCGGUGCUGAGGAGAAACGCAGCGAGAUCUUCAUCUAUAAUGUGGGCGCCGAGGAUAAUGGCACGUUCUCCUGUGUGGGACAAAACAUUGCCGGCAACACGUUCAGCAAUUACACGUUGCGUGUGAUCAUCAAGGAGCCGCCGGUGGUUAACGAAGUGUCAUUUCCUCGGGAUUAUAUGAACUACAUUGUGGCGAGCAGCGCUGGCGGUGGCAUCAUCUUUGUGGUGCUCCUCUGCACCAUUGUGGUCAAGUGCAAACGCAGCUCAGAGCCAGCGAAGCGCAAGAAAUGCGAACAGGUCACAAGCAUUGCGGGGGCCACCGAUGCGGGCAGUCAUCAUGGCAACGGUCAGGAUACGGGCAUGAUGAAAUGCGCUUCCAUACUCAACGAUGGCGACAGCUUAAACGGCGGCGCUGGGUUGCUACUCAGCGAGAACUUGACGCCAACCAAGGGCAGCAAUGGUAACGGUAAUGGUAAUGCUUCAGGCGGCGUGGCUAGUGCUGCUGUGGCAGGUGUUGGCGCUGGCGGUGGCCUCAUCUUGGGUGGCCAAAUGAAACAGAAUCUGUUGCUGUAUGCCACGCCCAAUGCGCACUCGCAUCCACACGCCCAUCACGCGCAUCCGCAUGCCCAGCAGCUGCAGCUGAAUGUGAACAUGAUGAAUGCAGCUGCAGCGGCGGCGGCAGCAUCGCCACCUUUGCUGCUGAGCAACGGACUGGCUGCGGCGUAUUGUUCGCCGCCGGCUUCGUUGCGCAACUAUGCGGAGAAGAAUCCGGAUUUGGUCAACGAUGCGGAGAGUGUCAAGCACAAGCUGAAGACGGCAGUCUCGUUGGACGGUGCCGCUGACUAUGAGACCGCCAGCGAUUGCGGGCAGUACGAGGGCUGCUAUCAGUUGACCCCGGCGCCAUCGUCGCAUGCACACACAAUGCUGGGCAUGGGUUCGCGCUUUGCCGCAGCGAUGACAACGCUUCCGCGUGGCAUGCAACUGAAGUCGGUGCUGAGUGCGGCGUCAGCGGCAUCGCAGGCAGCGGCAGCCACAUCACCGCAUCAGGUGGAUGUGCAUUUGAAUCCGGUUUGCUUUUUGGGACAGGAUGGUUAUGCCUACGACUACAGCAGUGCGCAUCUGGUGCAGCAAGUGGCAACCACGCCGCAGCAGCAGCAACAUCCACAGCACCAGCAACAGCAGCAGCAACAACAACAGAAUUUCUAUCGCACCCUGCCACAUAAUCGCGCCCACAAGCAACAGCAGCAGCAACAAUUUGCGGCUGCUGCGGCGGCGGCACAAAAUGCCAGUCUACGCUACAGCCUCGAGGCGGAGUUCAUACAGCGGGCACCUGUCGUUGGCUAUGAGAAAUAUCAGUUGCCCAAUGUGCGUUUCACAGCCGAGGGAUAUCCACAACAACAGCAGCAACAACAGCAGCAGCAACAGCAACAGCAACAGUUGCAGCUGCAGCAGCAAUUCCCAUCGCCACCGGAGGGCUACAAAAGCAGCGAUCCAAUGCCAAUGCCAGCCUUCCAGCAGUGGCCCAGCUGUCUGCCCGGUUAUCACGCGCAGCCUCUGCGCUACGGCAUCGCGCAGUCGCCGCAGCCGCAGUCGACGCAGCAGGCAGCAAGUGCCACAGCAACGCCAUCAGCACCCACGCUGAUAGAGAACAACAGCGGCAGCAAUCAGAAUAGCAACAGCAACAGUAACAGCAACAACAAUGCCACAAUACCCGAGCUCGAUGAGAGCGAAGCAUCGCCAAGUGGCUCGAAUGCGGCGAUGGCAGAUGAGCAAGCAGCUGUCAGCAGCAACAACAGCAACUCGAACCCCAACGAGUCCAGCGACACGUCCAAGCUGAAGCAACUGAAUGGACCGCUAGCCGAUAGUCCCGAUGAGGGAUAUGUGGGCGAGGCGCCCGAGACGAGCGAUAUUUGACAACGCGGCGUCGCCGCCAGCCAGGACGCUGCCUUAGAUGAUUCAGUGGCUCUGUAAAUAGCCAAGCUGAUGACACGCACACUCACCAAACACACACACACACACCAAACACACUCAACACAUACUCGUAAAUAUAUGUAUACUUUCAGUUUGAUAUCUUUUGUUUCAGUUGCCCACAACACACAAAAAAGAAGUGGCAACAACACCACAAAAAAAAGAAAGCACAAAAAAAAGGAAAACAAAACACGAAAAACAGUCAAACAAAAGAAAGGAACGCAAACCCCAAACUCUCAACUAGAUUCGAAGUCCCAGCAAACAGAGUUCAAGUCAACGAAUAAGGAAUGCCCUUGAAUUUAUUUUUCAAUUUCAUAAUUAUUAAUAAGUUGUUUGCUAAAUCUAUUUUUAGAAGAAAUUUUUAAUCAUCAGCCAUAUUUGUUUAAGAUUUAUUUUUAAUUUCAUCUCAUCAUCUAAGUCUGCGAGUUUAUCUUUAGCAAUUUGAAAAGUUACCUAAUAAGCUGCUUGCUGUCAUUAUUAAAGUUAAAUUUUUGUCAGCAAUUUUAGCAGAUAUUUUUGAUACUCUAGCAUAAAUAAAUUUGCU